AAAAGCCCUGAUCCGCGAGCUCGAAGGAAAAACCACAGUACUUCCGCAACGUCACUAAUGACACGUAUUCAAAAUGGCGGCCGCGGCUAUGGAGACGUGGUGGGCCUUGCUGCUGUUGUCCUCGUUGCCUCUUGUCCGGCCCUUCUACGUUCCCGGGGUUGCUCCCCGGGACUUCCACGAAGGUGACACAGUAGAUCUUAAGGCAGUGAAGCUGACCAGCUCCCGCACCCAGCUUCCUUAUGAAUACUACUCCCUGCCUUUCUGUAAGCCGGAGUCCGUUUUCUACAAGGGAGAGAACCUGGGUGAGGUAUUGCGUGGGGACCGUAUUGUGAAUACACUCUACAAUGUAGAGAUGAACAAGGAUAAGAAAUGUGAGAUGGUAUGCAACAAGAAAAAGCUCAGCAUAGAAGAGAGCAAGCUGGUUGCUGAGCGGAUCCAGGAGGAGUAUUAUGUUCACCUUAUUGCAGAUAACCUGCCAGUUGCCACCAGGUUAGAGUUUUACCCCAACAGAGAGGCACCAGGGGAGGAGGAGCAGAAGAAGGACGUGGUGAAAGAUAUCCAGUUUGAACAUGGCUACAGACUGGGCUUUGUCAACGACAACAAGUUUUAUCUGCACAACCACCUGUCCUUCAUCCUGUACUACCACAGAGAGAAGCUGGAGGAAGUGGAAGUUCACAAUUACAGGGUGGUGCGAUUUGAGGUUGUGCCCCAAAGUGUAAAAGUAGAUGAUCUGAAGGCUGAGGAAAGUAAGAGGACUUGCACCUUGCCCGAGGCCAGUGGCUCUUCGCCACAGGAGAUUGACCCGACCAAGGAGAAUGAGGUCCUCUUCACCUACUCUGUCCACUGGGAGGAGAGCGAGGUGAAAUGGGCGUCUCGAUGGGACACGUACCUGACCAUGAGCGAUGUCCAAAUUCACUGGUUCUCCAUUGUCAACUCUGUGGUGGUCGUCUUCUUCCUGUCUGGUAUUCUGAGUAUGAUCAUUAUCAGGACCUUGAGAAAGGACAUUGCUAACUACAACAGAGAGGAUGACAUCGAGGACACCAUGGAGGAGUCAGGAUGGAAGAAUGUCCACGGUGAUGUCUUCAGGCCGCCUCAAUAUCCCAUGAUCCUCAGCUCUCUGCUGGGCUCCGGGAUCCAGCUCUUUUGCAUGAUCCUCAUCGUCAUCUUUGUUGCCAUGUUGGGCAUGCUGUCUCCAUCCAGUAGAGGAGCCUUGAUGACCACUGCCUGCUUCCUCUUCAUGUUCAUGGGUGUAUUUGGUGGCUACUUUGCUGGCAGACUGUACCGUACACUCAAGGGCCAUCGGUGGAGGAAAGGAGCAUUUUGUACAGCAACGUUGUAUCCUGCCGUUGUUUUUGGAAUCUGCUUCAUCCUCAACUGUUUCAUCUGGGGAGAACACUCCUCCGGGGCAGUUCCUUUCACCACCAUGCUGGCCCUGCUGUGUAUGUGGUUCGGUAUCUCCAUGCCCUUGGUCUACCUGGGCUACUACUUUGGCUUCCGCAAACAGCCGUAUGAUAACCCAGUACGCACCAACCAGAUCCCUCGGCAGGUCCCAGAGCAGCGCUGGUACAUGAACAAGUUUGUAGGAAUCCUGAUGGCCGGGAUCCUGCCAUUCGGUGCCAUGUUCAUCGAGCUCUUCUUCAUCUUCAGCGCCAUCUGGGAGAAUCAGUUCUAUUACCUCUUUGGCUUCCUGUUUCUGGUCUUCAUCAUCUUGGUGGUCUCCUGCUCUCAGAUCAGCAUUGUUAUGGUUUAUUUCCAGCUCUGUGCGGAGGAUUACCGGUGGUGGUGGAGAACCUUUCUGGUUUCAGGAGGCUCGGCGUUCUACGUCCUCAUUUACGCCGUCUUCUACUUUGUCAACAAGUUGGACAUUGUGGAGUUCAUCCCCUCCCUCUUGUAUUUCGGCUACACGGCCCUGAUGGUCCUGUCGUUCUGGCUGCUCACGGGCACGAUCGGCUUCUACGCGGCCUACAUGUUCAUCAGGAAAAUCUAUGCUGCAGUCAAGAUCGACUGAGUCGUCACUGUUGCUGCUGUUGUCUUUUCUUAUUUUUUUUUGGUUGGUUGUUACUUUAUUUUUUGUCCCAUUCAGUUUUUUUUUUUAAUGUAUAUAUUUUUUAAUUCUUGAUGUCAAACAAGCACUGACUUGUGUGUAGGGGGGAUCAAGAGGGGUUCUUUUUAUGGUGCAACAGCCCCACCCACUGGCCUCAUGGUUAAGAACAGCAGGAUGGCAGAGCUAAACCCGCUGUGUGUGUGUG